UUUUGAUAAUUGACACAAUUAUUUUUGUUUUUAUUUCUGUUUUCUGUGAAUUCCCAAGAAUUUCUACAUACGUAUAUAUAAUAAUGAGUCUUCUAACGGUUCUAUUAUACUAUUCCUGCACAUAAUCUGCUAAGCCUAAAACAAGGUAAAAAACAAAUAUUUAUUUUUUUAGUUGAUUGUGCAAGAAAUGGAAGAAUCUCUGGGUGCUCAGUAUGCCAUACAAAUAGCUGUACAAACACUUCGAGAUAGAUGUAAAAGUUUACAGCAUCGCGUCGCUGUUCUAGAGGAGGAAAAUAUGAAUCUUCGAGUCCAAUGUAGCCGAAGUCAAGAAAAUGAAAACUCCUUAACAGAAAUUGAUAAACUGAAGGAGCACGUAACGGAACUUACAGAACAAAAAGACCAGCUUCAGAACAGAAUUAGAAUGAUCUGUAAUGAAAAUCAAGACUUAUGGAAUAAGCUGGGUAAAUUAACAACUGUAAAUAAGAACUUGGGUGAACAGUUACAUAAAAUUAAUGAUACUGUUACUCAAGUAACUUUUCCAUUACAACCACACACUCCUCUGAUAAGAUCAAAGACUUUUACACAGGAUGAACCUCAGACUAGAUUUCUCCAAAAAAAUUUAGAAAUCAAUGAGAAGAUUAGUUUAGAAUUAGAAGAUAUUUCCUUGAAAUUGACCGAUAGUUUUUCUAAGCAAAAAAUGGAAUUGGAUAAAUUAUGCUCCGAAAUGGAGGGCAUGCAAUUUAACGAUAAUAUAAUAACAGAAAAUUGUGGUUUCUUUUAUGAAGAAGAAUUAGACGAAGACAUAGUGGAAGAAGUUAAAUACCUCUUAGAAAACCUAAAAAUGUUGAGGGAUGAGGCUUUACAACAGAAUGAUAUUAUAAAGAAAAAUUUAGGAAAUUUAAAUGAUUUACAAGGGAACUUGGUGUGUAAAACUUGUGAAAAGAAAACAAAUGGUAUGUGUGACCGAACAACUUCGACUAGCGAUAUUCCCAAAUCAGGCAUAGAUAAAUGCACGGAAAUUGUAAAUUUAGACAAUGAAGUACCAUUAGGAACAUCAAAAGACUUACCUUCACCUGAGAAAGAGAGAAUGUGCCCAGUAUGUACGAAAUUAUUCCGGAAAGAUGUGCAAUUUUUAGAGUUCCAUCAACAUGUUGAGGAUCACUUCAGCACGGAAGUGGAUUCUUAUGAAGUGUUAUGAGAAAAAUAUAAAUAAAUAAGGCGAAAUAUAUUUGGAGUAUUAGAUUUAUUUAUUAUUUUUAGAGAUUUUAUUACUAUUUAUGGGUUGUAAAACAGUGAUAUAUCAAGAUAAAUAAUAAUUUUUUAGUUCUG